GCCUUACCCACCCGAAAUGUCAAACUUUUUGCUAAUUUUUUAACAAAAGCUCUGCAGCCCGACAACGAUUUUACAGUGUCAUGUGAAAAAUCAACGAUCUUAACUAAUAAUUAUGGAUCUAAAUGUAAACGGUCAACUAGUCGCACUUGAACGUUUACUAGAAGAGUUCUUUAACCCCCUAACUAACAACAUACGAAAACAUGAAAUUGAACAGCAACUCGAAUCAUUCAGGAGUGCUCCAGAAAUUUGGAAACUGUGUCUUUAUUUUGUCACCAACACUUCUAGUCAAUAUGUGACAAUGUUUGCUUUAUCCACACUUGAGAAUAUAAUUAAAAAACAGUGGAUGGAAAUUAGUCAGCCAGAUAAAGAAUAUAUAAGGACUGUAAUUUUUAGUUAUUUAAUUGAACACGUGCUGAGCAUGCCCCAUUUUCUUAAAGGAAAGUAUGCCAAGCUUCUAGCAGACAUUGCCAAACAUGAAUGGCCACAUAAUGAUCCUAAUUAUUUUAUUAACAUACUAGAGUUACUAAAAUCUGAAGCAAACCAAUUGGUUGGUUUAAUUUUAUUGCGAACGACUAGUGAAGAAUUCAUGUGUAUACCAUGUCCUUUCAGUAGUGACAGAAAGGAUGAAAUCACAAGACUGCUGCAACCUUACAUUCCAGUAGUUUUUGAGUUACUAAGAAAUAUUUUAGACAAUUUAGGCACUAAACCGCGCCACACGAGCACUGCCACGCCGCCGCCUUCGCCGACGCAUCCGUCGUCGCAUGCCACCCGUUCCCCCAACCUGGCACCGACUACCUCGCGUCCCGACACCCGCGCUCUCAUCAAAGAGGCCUUGGAAACCUUACAGCAACUCCUGACAUGGACGCCCGUCGACAAAAUUCCGCCCGAAAUCGUGCAGUCUGUGUUUGCGUUCACGAAUCGCGCCUCUUACGCUCAAGAGGACGACGACAUGUGCGUGCUGGCCAUGUCGGCCGUCUGCGAGGUGCUAUACAGGAAAAGCGUGCCGCCUGGCAGUCGACAGUUCUUUGAAAGAUUGUUCCAGCACACCGUUGUUAUGUUGAGGGAUAUCAUUCAUUGUGGCAAUAGAGUUGACUCGCUCGAUCCACUUUUUGUAGAGAAAUUAUCGGAGUUAUUAGUCUUACUGAUAGACCAGCAUAUGUGGCGCUUCGAACAGGACCAUAACUUCUCCGCCCUGGACUUCCUGUCCUACCUGUACAAUCUCACCAUGCAGCUGCCUUCCGUGCCGUGUUACAUGCACUGCGCAACCGUCUGGGCCGCUUUUCUCAAACAGAUCAAACCUGAGAAUUCCCACAAGUACGCCGAGGUGUUUAAACAAUUGGUUUAUUCGUUGUUGAAAAAGGUGCAGUUUACCUACAACUAUGAUCAGUUAAUUACAAUCAACAACAGUGACGUAAACGAUGAUAACGAAACAGACUGGCAAAUAUUCGUAAAAGCUACAAUCGAGAUAAUCGUGAUGAUCGCCGAACAUUCACCUUCAGACACUAUACAAGUAGCAUUGUUGCCUUGGAACAUGGCGAACGACUUCUACAAACAUUUGGAAACGGCGGUGGACCACAACAAUUGCGCCCUAAACUACGAGAUCAAUCAGACUGAUAACAUGUAUUACCUCCUCAAGGACUAUUCGACGACCACACAAACAAUUGCGAGGCUAGCGUCGGUCGUUGCCGACUGUCCUGAGGUAUUCAAAUGUGCCGCACAAUCUCUGAACGUGUUCGUUGACAAGUUAUUGGAAAGCGCGGUUCUGGCCACGUCCGUACGUUUCUAUAAUUUAAAAAUGGGAGAUUCACGUCUGACAGAAGCUUUCGUCGAUAUACAUGCUCAACUAUUAGCAGCCUUAAAAACAAUCCUGAUUUGGAUGUCGCACGAGAGUAAACUGACCAACCACAAUCUGAAAACGCUACUGGACAUCACGAUUCCGGUGCUACAGGAAUCGACAACGGUUCCCUCUAAAGUGACGCAUUCGGCGGCUCAUUUAUUAUGGACAAUCACGAACGUCGUUCCAUUCACGGAACUUAUGCUUUUCCCUGUUGUGCCUCAAUUCGUACUUCACACACCGGGUUUGAAAUUUGCCGAAAAGGAAACGAUGUUUGUGGUAUACAACGCGGUCAGCGCACUAUUGAUGAAACCCUGGAAGGAAAUGACUGAGGAGGUGGUGGCGAAAAGACACACCUUAAUCGCAACGUUUUUCGAAAUUUUGACAAGGGAAUUUGUUAGUUUGAAUGCGGGGACGCCACAGAAUAGAGUGAAGGAGGUUACUGACAGGCUGUUCCCGGUUAUGAGUCACAUCAUUGACAAUCUAAAAGAUUAUCCGACUAGUACGAAGAAGUUGCUCAAUGGAGUUGUAUUGAGCACGUUUUCACACGCUUUAACUGUUUGUCGGAAUUGUAUCUACACAAACGAACACGGAACGUACGAGCAAUUCUUUUUGUCAAUUUUCGGUGUCCUGCAACCUGAAUGCUUAAAAGACAAUCUCGAGGCGUUCUUACGAGAAGGAUUUGAUCGACACACUGCAAAUUUAACUGGAGUGGAAUCUGUACUGCAAAUGCUGCAAGAAGUCGUCGAAACCAGAAGUACUGUGUACAAAAGUCUCCUCCCCACCAUUCUACAUUUUUGCAUGGAUAUCACAUACCCUGCAGUUUGUUCAAGGGCCAGUGAAAACCCAGAAGUUUAUCAAACUUUAAUAGUAUUACUACACAGUAUUCUAUUGUAUAGGUGGCAGUACUUUUACAUGUCACAGGUUAGAUUGGGCUAUUCACCGGGCUGUAGCGAAGAUGCGGGCCCGGACACACCAAGAAAACCCGAACAUCUUUUGGCUGUGUUGAAUGUUUUCGGCCACGCCUUGGAACAGAAUGAUAUCAAUGUUUUUAGAUCUAGUCUUUGGUCUUUAGAAGAUAUAAAUACCAAAUGGAAACUUUACCAAAAGUUGAUAUUUAAGCAGGCCAUGUCAUACAAUUUCUUGAACGUUUUAAUAAAAACUUUGAUUGAUAAGACAAAAGAUCUACUAGCGGAAGAAAUUCUCGUAGCAAUUUAUAAUAUAGCGUCUGUGGAUUUGAAUCACUUCUUCAAAUUUUUAGAACAAUUUGUGCACAGUAUUGAAGGAGUGAAUGGCCAACAAGGGCAAGUUUUAUUACAAAAUUUUGUUUUUAACCACGACAAGGAUAUGCCAACAUUCGUACAUCAGUUGCAGAGAUUUGUGAACGAUGUACAACAUUACAGACUGUGCAAUAGGACGUUAAGUGUAUGAAACUGAUUAGGCUUAGUAAUUUUUUGUAUUACUAUAUUACAAUGCUCAAUUGUAAAAUAAAAAUGUCUUUUAUAAAAA